GGAAAUGAACCCCCUCGAGCCGUAGGGCUGCUGCUGGCUUCACGUUACACGACGGCAGACGCACACAAUCUGAGGACACCGCGGGGAAUACGUUAUCAGUUGGAGCGUUUUCGGAAAGAGAAAUGAGUUGGGGAACGGACCUGUGGGACCAGUUCGAGAACCUCGACAAGCACACACAAUGGGGCAUCGACUUCCUGGAGCGCUAUGCAAAGUUUGUGAAGGAGAGGCUGGAAAUUGAGCAGACCUAUGCAAAGCAGCUGCGGAAUCUGGUGAAGAAAUACUGCCCAAAGCGUUCCAAAGACGAAGAGCCCAGGUUUACAUCUUGCCUGUCAUUCUACUCCAUACUGAACGAGCUGAAUGACUAUGCGGGUCAGCGAGAGGUCGUUGCCGAGGAGAUGGGCCACAGGGUGUACGGUGAGCUGAUGAGAUACUCGCAGGACCUGAAGGCAGAGAGGAAACACCACCUACAGGAGGGAAGGAAAGCCCAGCAGUAUCUGGAUCAGUGCUGGAAACAAAUGGACAAUAGCAAGAAGAGGUUUGAGCGCGAGUGCAGAGAAGCAGAGAAAUCCCAGAUCGUUUUUGAGAAGUUAGACAACGACAUCAACGCCACAAAGUCAGAGGUGGAAAAGGCCAAGUCCCAGCUAUAUUUGAGAACCCACAUGGCAGACGAGAGUAAGAAUGAGUAUGCUGCCCAGCUGCAGAAUUUCAAUGGAGAGCAGUGGAAGCACUUCAACGUGGCCAUCCCGCAGAUCUUCAAGAAUCUCCAGGAUAUGGAUGAGCGCCGGACAGUGAAACUGGGUGAGACAUACCGGAGCUUUGCGGAGGUGGAGAGGAAAGUCAUCCCCAUCAUUUCCAAGUGCCUGGAGGGCAUGGUGACAGCCGCCAAGAACGUGGAUGAGCGCAGGGACUCUGCGCUCGUGGUAGAGUCGUUUAAGUCUGGCUUCGAGCCCCCAGGUGACUUUCCCUUCGAAGACUUCAGCCAGAACAUCCAGCGCACGGGAUCGGACGGCACCAUCGGAACCCCUAAAAACGACACAGGCAAACCUGACCCUAAACACACGAUUGGAAAGGCUAAGAACAAACUGUGGCUGUUCGGGAAAAAACCAAAGUUACCCCCACCCAUUCCUCCUCCACCCCUUCCUAGUUUUGCCUCUGCCCACUUUCAAGUGGAGCGGAUAGCUCAUUGUCUGAAUGAAAUCAGAACAGUAAAGUCUAAGAUCCCAUCUUUCCGGGGUUUGAAGAGAGGGGCCCCAAAUCUGGAGGAUCUCAGCCACCUUCCACCAGAACAGAGACGCAAGAAACUACAGCAAAGGAUUGACGAACUCAGCAGAGAACUGCAGAAAGAAAUGGACCAAAGAGAUGCACUAAACAAGAUGAAGGAUGUUUAUGAGAAGAACCCACAAAUGGGUGAUCCAAGCAGUCUCCAGCCCAAGAUUUCAGAGACCAUAUGUAACAUGGAGAAGCUGCGCUCCGAGAUCCACAAAAAUGAGACAUGGCUGUCAGAGGUGGAAGGGAAGCAGGGUUCUCGUGGCGACAGGCGGCCCAGUGGUGACGUGAACCACCAUGCACCUCAUGGCCGAGAGAGUCCUGAAGGUAGCUACACAGACGAUCCCAGUCAGGAGCACAGGUCACCCCCACAGCCUGACCCCCACGAGUUUGACGAUGAGUUUGAGGAUGAUGACCCACUUCCUGCCAUUGGCCACUGCAAAGCCCUCUAUUCUUUUGAUGGCUCUAAUGAGGGCACAUUGGUGAUGAAGGAGGAUGAGAUGCUUUACGUUAUAGAGGAGGAUAAGGGUGAUGGCUGGACAAGAGUGCGUAAGCAAGGUGGCGAGGAGGGCUAUGUGCCCACGUCUUACGUAGAGAUCACAAUGGAGAAACACAGCAAAGGUCCAUGAAUGGAUGAGUGAGGCUCUGUGGUGUUGGUGGAGGGGACAUGCUGCUCUGGGUCUAUUAGGUAGUGCAAGAGAUUUCAGAUACUGGAAGAGACAGCAAGAGAGAUUAAAUAAGUUGGAGUUAUUGGGGGCAGGUUGCAUGUUUGCAUGCUGGCUCUCACUGCCAUUAACAUCAUUCCAUUGCAGCAUAGGCUUGUGGGAUAGGUAUAGUAAAGGGAGACAUGGGUUAGAGCAGGGCAAUAGAAUCAUAGCGCAUGGAGGUAGGAAAUCCAAAGAGCCAAUCUGAACUAAUGCAUUCAUCCUGAAACCUUGCCUGGCACUAACAUUCCACCACAUUGCACUCCAUUCUUGGGUUGUUGUUAUGGGAAUAUUUGCCUGUGCCAUGCCAUUUUGCUCGCCUUAACAUGCAUGAUCUGAACCUAUCGCUCCCUCUCUCAGGGCCGAUCAGAAAGGCCUUGUUAGGAUGUAACAACUUAGCCUGUACACCCAACCUCUGUGAUGUCUGUGUCCUUCAUUGAGUAUGUUUUCCAAUUCCUUGAUGUAUUCCAUGAUGCACCCACCAUCAGUGCUGUGAAUAUUUGCCAUGCCGCACUGAGCAUGAACAAACCAGAGUAGAAGCAGGGCGGGACCACAGUAACCACAGCAACAAUCCCCAACACAACAACAAAGUGGCAGUCCUCCUCAGCCUGUACUGGGGAUCCAAGGAGCCUGAUGCAGUACUGCAUUCGACCAGCAGGAGGCGACCAUACACAGGUGAACCAAAGUCUGGACCUGUGAGGACCCUCCGCAAUCCACUCAGCCCUCCAGUCAUCCUUAUAACCUUACAGAUACUCUGCUGACUUCCAGCUUAUGAUAUGUGAAGAACACACCGAGGGCCUCAUAAUCACUUCCUAAUAGCUGUCCGCAUGAUCCGAAAUGCGCAUCCUUCAGUGCAUAUAUUUGUGAAUGUGAUUCAUGCAAAUAUUAAAAAAGUGUAUGCAUAUGGAUAUAUGUAUACAUGUGUAUAUACCUAGUUAGUUUUUAUUGCCAAACUGUAAGUAUUAACAACUUUUAUUUCAUACUGAAUGUGUUUUUAUCGUCUUUUUAUAGGGUUUUUUAACCAGGCGAAUGAUUUCGCUUUUAAGAUUUGUGCCGUUAUCGCUUUGUAAUCAUUGCUUCUUUUGUUUGAACACUAUUCUGUAUAGGACCCAGGUCUUAACCGAUGCACUUUUUUACCCUAUUGCAUUUGAAUUGGAACCUAAAUGAGUAGCAGACUCUGGCUGCUUCUUUUUGUAUAAAUGUAUAGUAAGACAGUGGUGACCACUAUGUUCUGGGUUGUGUUUGAUCAAGAGCACGAGCAAACAAAUAAAUGCUAAAGUCUCUUUGUCCCA